AUGGAUAUCGAGAGGGAACGCAGAGCGCUGGCGGUGCGCUGCAAUAUGCUGGCUCGUAGGUUUGCACGAUGUACUGAAGAGGUGAAGGCUACGCUUUUUAAAGCAUAUUGCCAGUCCUUCUACACGUGCAGCCUAUGGAUCAGUUAUACGCAGCGGGCAUACAGCGCUCUGCGGGUACAGUACAACAACGCGUACAGGGUGGUAUUCGGGCUGCCGCGACACUGUAGCGCAUCGGGUAUGUUCACGGAGGGACGGAUCGAUGGUUUCCACGCGAUCAUCAGGAAGCGGUGUAGCUCGCUGUUGAGGCGAUGGCGCGCCAGCUCGAAUGCCAUCCUCUGCACGUUGGCCGACCGGUGGGACUCACCGUGGCUGAAGCACUGGGUGCAGCUACAUGCCCCAUUAUGUGAAAUUUUGUUUUAA